UCGAAGAAUCCUACUUAAAACCUAGCGAACGCUCCGCUUACACAUACCACACCGCUCACCAUUUCCCCCUUCUCUUCUCCUUCUCCUUCUCCCCCAACGAGAGCGAAUCCAUGGCGGAGGAGAAGGCGACGACGACGACGACGAGCCCCAUUCGCUUCGGCAUCGUGGGGUGCGCGGAGAUCGCGCGCAAGGUGUCCCGCGCCAUCGCCCUCGCCCCCAACGCCACCCUCGUCGCCGUGGGGAGCCGCUCCCUCGACAAGGCGCGCCGCUUCAUCGCCGAGAACGCCCUCUCCUCGUCGGUGCGCGCCGUGGGGUCCUACGAGGAGCUCCUCGACGACCCCGCCGUGGACGCGGUGUACAUGCCGCUCCCCACGAGCCUCCACGCGCGCUGGGCCGUCGCGGCGGCGGAGCGCGGGAAGCACCUGCUCCUCGAGAAGCCCGCCGCGCUCUCCGCCGCCGAGCUUGACCCCAUCCUCGCCGCGUGCGCCGCCCAUGGCGUCCAGUUCAUGGACUCCACCAUGUGGAUCCACAACCCCCGCACCGCCCACAUGCGCGGCCUCCUCUCCGAUCCCUCCCGCUUUGGGGACCUUAAGAUGGUAUAUCUUUUUUCUUAUAUAUACUUUUCUCUUGUUCCUAAAGAAUUAUUAUUAUGAAUAUUAUUAUCAAAAGCUUUUAUGGCUCGGGUAUA